AUGAGGAGCCUCGAAGGUGGCGGCCUCGACCUCCCCCAGCACCAGUGCCAGCAGCUGGCCCGGCUGGGCCUCCGCAUGGACCGCGGCGGCAAGAUCAUCGGGCCAGCCGGGAGCACCAUCAAGCGGCUGAUCCAGGGCACUGGCUGCAAGAUCGAGGUCCCGAGGCGCGAGCGCGGCGAAGCAGACGACGGCAUCGUGAAGGUCCAGCUGACCGGCGGGCCCGUGCAGAGGAAGCUGGCCCUGGACGCGAUCUUGGACGUGGUCAAAGGUGGUGAGGCAGAGGAUCAUGCUGCCAGGGCCACUGGUGGCCUCGUGCUCCCACACAACUUCGAGCGCGUGGCCGACGAGGAGACUGGCGAGAAGGCCCCGGACUUCGACCGGAUAUCCUGGCUCGUAUGGCGGCUCAUUGCCGUAGAGUUCGACCACGGCGUCAAGGUGGAGUCCGGAAGGCGGACGAUCCGUGUCUACGCGAAGCCGGGCAAGCCGCCCCUCACCGGGGACGCGGCCGAGAAGGUCCGCUCGGAGGUGGCGGCCAUCAUCGAUCAGGCUAGGUCGAUGAUUAAGCUCACGGUGGAGACCCAGCUGGACAAGGACCCCGAGAACGCGAACUACGAUCAGGCCGUUUUGACCCUCACGGACCAGUACGGCGUGCUUCUGCGGGUGCCGCGGCCCGAGGGCGGCUGCUGCCCCAUCGAGGUGCUCGGCCCCGAGGAGCCGGCGCGGGACGCCGCGGAGCUCCUCGAGGCCAAGUACGCCAAGGGGAAGGCCACUGCCUGCGUCCUGCAGGUCCCCGAUCAGGUCCAGUCGCUGGACGACGCGGUGAAGGAGGACUUCGCCGCCGACCUGCAGGCCUUAGAGGAGGAGCAGAGGGUCAAGAUCCGGUUGGCCACCAGCUGCAUCUGGCUGUCCGGAAACAGCCCCGACACCGUGGAGGCGGCGAGGCAGACGAUCGUGGAGAUGCUGCAGUUCUACCUCCCUGAGGGCUUCCUGGUCAUGAAGGGCCUGAAGAAGUCGGCGGUGGACAAGAUCCGUGAAGACGAGGAGCUCCGAUCCCUCAGGGUGAAGCCCGACUGCGCGUUCUCGCUCCAUCCCGCCGAGGGUAUCGCGUGGAUCUGUGGGGCCUCGCUGCGCGAGAAGGUGCAGGCGAGGAUCGAGGCGAUCCUCGCCAAGUGGGCGCUGGAGCACUUUGAGCUCGACCUCGGUGAUUUCGGCGAGGCCAUGUGGCUGCUGGGCCCCAGGGGCAGCGGCGAGUGGUUGGGGCGGAUGCAGUCGGAGAGCGGCGCCAAGAUCCAGGUGAACCCGAACGAGCUCAAGGUGUACAUCGACGGGCCGCCGGCCAAGCUGCAAGCUGGGAAGCAGCAGGUGCUCAAAGGGCUGGACCAGCUCCGCGCCAAGCAGGCCGCCGAGGACGCCGCCGGCGGCCGCGCGGCCACGAAGGCGAAGGA